CGAGAUGAGGCGAUUCGUUUAGCACGUAAAGAAUCGAUUACGAGUGAAGAUAGAGAGUAUCGUAAGUUAUUGAAAGUGGCCGAUAAGAACUUUGACAAGGAAUCAUUUGAAAAGGCGAAAGAACUCUAUACUCGAGCGGUGAAAUUCAGAAGCAAUGAUCCAUAUCCAAAGGAAAAAUUGGCGGAAAUCGAGGCGAUUUUGAAUCCGGUAGUGGAAGAAUCUGUACAACUUGAGGAUCUUGGGGACCCGUAUGAUGGAUCUAUUAUUGAUGGAGGAUUCCUUUUAAAACAAGCGGAAAACAAGCGUAGACUGGAGAAAGGAAUUCAAAUAAAAUCGGAAUUGGACAAGGUGGGAGUUGCUGCAGCUGAAUUAGAAGCGAAAAAAUCAGCAGAUCGCCGCGAAGUGAUUAACGAUAUUUAUGCACUCCAGCAAACGAUCAGACAAGAGAAUAUUGAUUCUGACGAAAGUCGUUUAGCUACUAUUGAAGCACUUCGCGCAGCGGAAUUGGAACGUCAAAAGGUAGAGCGACAGAAUCAAACUUUUGAAAAAGCUGAAAACUUAUCUUCACAGGCAACGUUGGAUCAGAUCCAAGAGGAGGUUGCGCUUGACUAUAUGGAAAACCAUGAUGUAUACAUGGAUAACGCAGCAGUUGUAGAGCACUACAAUUCUGCUCAGGCAAAAGCAUUGGUUGAACGAUCUGGUCGUUACAAAGAUUUAAGUCUUCAAACAGAUCAAGUAUUGCAUGAUAUUUCUGUUGACAUCGCAGAUGAGCGAGCUAGUGAUUAUGAACAAAGAGAACUUGCAGGUCGUGAGGUUGGAAAAUCUGUUAAGUACGCAUCGGAUGUCUACGGAGAACUGGAUGGUAAGAAUUAUCAGCAAAACCUGAAACAGAAGGAAGGAAUCGAUAAAGUAUAUAGUAAGUACGAAUCGAAAUUUGUUGAAGGGAAAAAGGCAACGGACGACAAUCACGAAGAGAUGAAGGUGGUAAGAGCCAACGUUAAUGAUAUGACGGCCUUCAGAGAAACGGUAGAGUCCGAGCACCGAACUGACGUGGAAGGGCAGAUUAAAGAGGUGAAGCUAAAAAUGAUUGCAGAGCAGCAGGAUUUCACGGAUGAACAACGUGAGUCUAAUGAAAAGCUUCAUCAGAUUAAGGUAAGUCACAGUGAUGCGCAGAGUGAAGCUUAUAGCCGCGAGAAGGAAAAGUAUCUUCAGAAUAGAGCCCUUUUGGAAGGGGAAGAGCGUCAGCGUAAGAACAUUGAUGAGAAGGCGAAAGAUGCACAUUCUGAUAAGGUAGCUUAUGUAGAAGGAAUGCAGAAAAAGGCGAUUUCUAAUCACAGUCAGGCAGAAAUGAGUGAUGAAGAAGAACGCUUGAAUGCAAGAGGCUUUGUAGAAAAUGUGGAGUUGGGACGUUCGGAUAAACAAGAAGAAGCACGUCAAAAACAUGAUAAGAGUGUUGCAUCUUUUGAGUCGGUGAAUAAAUCGGUAAACAAGCAGAAAGAGAACAAUGCCUUGAAGCAACGUGAUAAGGUUUUGGAUGCUCAAUCAAAAUUGAGUGAUGUCGAUGCGACUCCAAAGAAGAAGAUCAAAACAGCGAACGCACUCGGGCAGGAGUACCCGGAAGGAGUUUCUCAGGAGUCAUUUACAC